CACAUUUCCCCAAGCGUACUUCUGAAGAACCGUCUCAUUGUCCCAAACAUACAAUAUCAAUGGAAUCUAUUUUGACGUCCGAACCAUUUACCCCCCAACGGUCGAGACGCUCUUCGGUUGCUUCUGAGACAACGUUACGACGAUGGUGCUUGGAACGGGAUGGAGACAGUGCUUGGUAUGCCGUUUCCCGUUUGGCGAGACGGCACAUAUUGUUCCCCGAAGGACUCCCUCGUUCCAAGUCUCCGCUGCCAUCGAGUGCGGAGACUUGCCCAAAGAUUUUGCGCGGAACGACAUACGCAACAUGUUCGUGCUGUGUCCAAACCACCACGAAGCAUACGAUAGAUUCUGGGUCGCUUUCGUUCCCGGGGAAGAGCCGCACAGUUAUCAUUUCGUCAAUCUGCUCAACAUAGCGCAAUUCUCUGAAGUUACCAUCACAUUCGCUGGACCUCUACCCGCUUUCCCGCUCGCAUUUCUCUACCACGCCCGGGUGGCAUUCGCUAAGUUUGCAAGAAUCUACCGUGGGUCCCAUGCUCUUCCAAACGUUCAAGGUGGAAGCGGCGGCAGAGGCGGGAAGAAAAAGAGUUCGACAGGACUUCGGGGGACGUGGAUAUGGAUGAUGUUGUUCGGGGAGACUGGAUUGAGCCGGAUGUUCCCAAACGCCUUUGAGCUCCGUGGAAGGCGCAAGCAGCCGUGGCCACGGAGGAACGUGCAUAAGGAACGUGCGGAGGAACGGCGUGGUCACACGUUGGCCACGGAGGAAGCCACUCCUCCAACACCCACUAUCCUCACACCUAUCUGCCGCCCCCGCCGUCCCCGGUGCAGUCCACGGGUGCAAAUCACGGCCCUGGGAGAUACACUCCCGCCGUUCUUUGGCUGCCAUCCGCGCCAGAUGCGCGUCGUUGCGUGUUUGAGUGUGGAUGAGGUCUUUGUGGAGGGUUUGCUGCUUUUUGAGGGUGGAGAGGUGGAGGGUUUAGACGUACUAAAGAUGGAUAGGGAGGAAAAUUUCAGCGAGAACAAGGGCGCAUUUGAAACCUACACCCGCCGAGGGAUCAUUCGUGUCAUCCCGGACGCCAUACUCAAGCAGGGCUACGUCGGUGUCCCCGCGGUGGAGCUACUGCUUGCUGAAGAGUACGCUCAUGUGCCCCGCAAUUGCGACUGCAGGCUCUAUGAGCAGUCCACACAACCGCGCUUCCAGCGGUGCAGCAGGUGUGCUAAGGCGUACUACUGCUCUCGGAAGUGCCAGAAGAAGGACUGA